AUUUGAGGGAGCAGUUUGAUGCUCAAUGCCCCAUACAAAUCCAGCAUCUGAUGAUGAUAGAAGAAAAAACACCAGUGCAAAGUCAAGCUGUGAUUAUAGCAUCUCCCAUACCAACUGUGCCGUACUACUAGUAUUAUUGUAGCAUUACAACUUUCAGAUCUACUCAGGAAUCAGAUGCACAAUUCAGACUCGGUCAUAGCUGCUAUUUGCCCAAUGGAAGAACUUUAUGUUAUAUAGAUCCUGACACAACAGCAACUCAAAGGAUGUCGGACUAUAGUGACAACUGUGAUCGUGAAAUCCGUGGCAAACAUUCUGAACAGUACCAUGACUGGCAUGAGGAUGGUUCCUGUACCUUUGGAAAUAAAGACAAAAGUUACGACCUAUGUGCUGAACUCAUCAGACAGCGGAAGAGUGGUGAGUUUGUGGACGUGGUGGUGAAGGUAGAAGGCAGGGAGUUCCCUUGUCACCGGGCUGUGUUGGCAGUCACACCAUACUUUCACACCAUGUUUUCGUCCAACCUUGCGGAAAGCAAGGCGAAGGUAAUAACACUACACGAUAUUGACUCUGGCAGCUUUUCCAAGAUUCUGGACUUUGUGUACACGGGAGAAAUCUUGAUGGCUAAAGACGACGUUCAAGACAUUCUGCAGGCAGCGCACAUGCUGCAAGCUGAGGAAGUCCUAGAGUACUGCGAAAAGUUCAUUGAAAACAACCUUUGUGCUUCUAACUGUGUGGGUGUCAUGUGCCUUGCUGACAUGUAUGGCUUGUGUAGUUUGAAAACUACAGCAAGAUGCAUGGUGAUGUCUAAGUUCUCGGUGGUUGGACGAAGUGAGGAGUUUCUGAGCCUUUCAACUCAGCAGCUCUUGGAUCUACUCGGCGACAAGGAAUUGAGAGUUGAGAGUGAAGACGAUAUCCUCCUUUCUGUGAUACAAUGGCUCGAUCAUGAACCAGAAAGCCGCAAGGCUGAGGUAUCCGGAAUUCUGCCAGUGAUUUGCUUAUCACGUGUAAGGGUCAGUGUGCUAAAGAAGUUUGAAGUCCACCCGGCGAUACAGGAUUCACCCGAAUGUCUUGCCAAAGUCACAGCUGCAAAGGAGGAACAUCUAAGUGGGUCACCUCGGCUGAUGGCAGACACAGGAAGAGAGGAAGAUGGAAGAAGACCUACUAGUAGGUGUGGGAUUUCAGACGACCUGGCAAUUAUUGUGGGCGGUUGGAAGGCGGUCACUCAAGAACGUUACAGCAAAAAUCCAACACCACCGAUGCCUUUCCAAAGCAUAAUUUGUAUGGAUCCAGUUCGUGAGCAAUGCUACCAUGUCACCGACCUUCCGACACCCAUCGUUGGAUGCAUGAGUGUGGCAAGUGCAGGACGAUACUUGUACGUGACGGGAGGGCGCACCUCGUCUUUACUUCACCCAGACCCUGGUGGCAGCAACAUUCCAUCCAAACAAGCCUUUCGGUACAAUUUCGCUACAGACACUUGGACGAGGUUACCUGACUUGCCUCGCGGUAGGGCGGGGCACGGGUCCGCCAUUGUUGAUGGAAAGCUCUUCCUGGUUGGAGGCGACACUACGGCGACGUUGUUCAAUAUGCUCAGUAUGGAGUGUUUCGAUAUUGAAGCAGAAGCUUGGAUACAGCCUCCUAAAGUGCCUGCAAUCAUCCCGUCACCCAACUUGACAGUGAUAGGAUGCGGGGGUAAGCUUGUGCUCAUUCAGGGACUCAGAAAGAAGAAAAGAUUCAGCGUCCAUGCCUUAGAUGUUAAAACUCAACGUUGGAAUUCUGCCAGCAGGUCUGCACGAGCCAGGGAUUUUGAUGUGGACUUUAGAGUGACAGCCGUUAACAACAAGGUUCAUUUCUGUGUUGAUAUGUAUUGCUAUGGGGAGGUCUACACCUACGAUGUUGACAAGGAAACACCAUCAAUUGAAGAGGAGAAGCUAAACACACAAGAUGUCAAAGAGGAGCUUCACAUAGUUGAUAGAGUAUGCAGGAGACGCAAGCGCUAUGUCAAUGGACAGAAGGGUAUCAUCAACACCAUGUCAAGAAAAAACUACAAACUGCGCCGUGCAGGUCAGACAAGAAGCUUAUACGUUGUAAACGAACACACCAAACUGACCCUUCCUUUUGCUCUGUUUGGCCACGGAUUCCUGGCAACCAAGAAAAUUCAUGUUGGAUGGUACUGCAGGGACCAGCUAGCAAAAGUGGAGAAGGAGAGGGAACUACAGGAUUUGUUAAGAUAUUAUUACUUAAGCUCAGAUGAUGAGCAGUACCUCUGAGUCCCAGACUUUGUAAUUUGGGUUUCGCUGUUUCUUCAUACAUCUUCCAUCACUGUUAGUGAAAUCUUGUCUGUUGACAAGUAAGUAAUAGCCUGGUAACCAUACCAUCAGGGCGCUUGCCGUUUUGUCUACGGCGCUGAAGGGGUAGCUGGCCCAUGCAGUUAAUUAGUGCAGGCCGUGUGUGUGUGUGUGUUGGGGGGGGGGGGAGUUGUUACGGGGUUAGGUUAGAUUUUGUCUGCUGGCGGCGUAAACUCUUAAGACCUGCUACAAGCUCUAGCGGUGAAAUCUCAAAGGGCAGCUAAUUAGACAGGUUGACAGAAGCAAGUCGGUGCCUUAGCACUGGGCAGGGUAACGCACCUCAGAGCCAACCAGCAGAUAAAGGAACUGAGGAAGGUACUAGUACUUGCAUCCAUGGCAAGAACAGUUGCCGGUUUAUCAUAGGCUGUCAGACAAAUUAUGCAGCAGAGAUUUGUAGGAGAAGAACCCCUGUAUUUGUAGCAUGCCUACAUGUAGCUACAGUGUACUUUGAAACAGCUUGGAUUUUACCUUUUACUGGCAUUUGUUACUUUUGUUGGUUACAGUUUCAAUGUUUAUAACUUUCUUCCAUGUAUAUGCAUGUGUAAUGUUACAUAUAUACCUUGCCCAAAAUGAUGAUUUGAGCAAUGUAUUUUAUUUAGCUUAGAACUACUACUUUUUUUAGCUUUAGUAUAUAUCUGUAUUAUGUUAGUUCUGUAGGUUGCCUUGUUUACAUUUCAGUAAAAAAAUUGACGACAAAUUAUCACAUACUAAUAUAAUGUUACUAGAUACGUAUACCAAUUAGCCCUUUCACAGAGGUUACAACACAUGUGCCAGUGAGAGGAACUCUGGGUAAUAUGUCAAAGUUGAAGGCCCCAGAGCAUAGUCAUAGACAUAGACAUUCUUCCAAUUUUUCCGCCAUUAUGUUCUUUACAUUGUUACACAAAUUGAAACAAUGGUAGAGACGAAACUGUUUACGUCUGAGGGCUUUCAACUUUGACAUAUUACCCAGAGUUCCUUUCACCCGCGCAUGCAUGAUAACCUCAGUGAAAGGGCUUUUUGAGGGUUGAAAAACAAGUUCCUGUAAUGCCUUCGACAUUUUGACACACUAUGUAUGAGUCCUGACUGAAAUCAACAUAUGAAAGUUAUACAUUAACAACUCCUUAAACACAACAUCAGGCCUGUCAGUUUAUUAGUACUUACUACGAUAUUGUUUUAAUGCCUGUUGACCAUGUUCUCUGUCUUGUGACAGGUGUGUGUUAGAUUUGCUUCCACUUCAGAUGUUAAUGUUAGAGAUUUGAUACACAUGGAUUAAACCAUUUUUAACAUUA